AUGGAUUCGAUCGCCGUUGCGCUCCAACCGUACAAGGAUACGGUCGGAUUGACGGCGGCCAUCGUAACGGUGGUGCAGUUCUUCAGUGGAGUGUUGGCCUUGAACGAAAUUCGACGCCAGGGUAACACGAAGGGCUUUUCCGUGUUGCCCUUCCUUGGUUGCACCGUGUUCUGCCUGUUGAACAUACAGUUUGGCCAGAUGCUGCGGGACGACGGUAUGAUUCGGGUGAACUUUAUCGGGCUGGCGCUGAAUCUGCUGUACGUGUGUGGGUUCUAUCUGUACACGGACGGACCGCGGAAGACGGCCGUUUGGGGUCAGAUUGGGUUGGCCGGUGCGUUUACCGUUGGUGUCCUGUCGUACAUACAGUACGAAGAUCCGAAGCUGGUCGAAUUCCGUUUCGGUGUCAUUUUGACCGGAUUGUUGUGGAGUUUAGUCGGUAUGCCGCUGCUGGGAUUGAGUGACAUUCUGAAGAACAAAAGCACGGAAGGGCUUCCAUUCCCGAUCAUCUUUCUCGGUGCAGUUGUUUCCUUCUGCUGGCUACUGUACGGUAUCAUUCUGCGCAGCAACUUCCUAGUGGUACAAAAUCUGAUGGCGCUCGCGCUGAGUGCGGUACAGCUGUCGCUGUUUAUCAUCUUCCCAUCGGGGGCGGCCAAACCUCCGCCAAGCCCGGCCAAAAAGCGCAACUAA